CUCUGGAGAGAUCAGAGGAGUCUCAUUAACAGGACCUCCUGCCAGAUGGCCUGAACAGGACAGGAAAGUCCCAGGUGACAGGCAUGCCUUGCUACCCAAUGCCAAGGGCCAGUGUUAACUGGCUGCUGCUGCUGCAUCCUUCCUGGAGCUCACCUGGGAGGAGAGGUUCCAGAAGACUGAUGCUCACUCAGCUGGAGAGGCAUCUGCAGGGGAAGGGAGGCGUUCAGCCCAUCACCCCAGACCUGCUGAUGACCCCCAGUGACCAGGGCGAUGUGGACCUGGAUGUGGACUUUGCUGCAGACCGGGGCAACUGGACAGGCAAGCUGGACUUCCUGCUGUCCUGCAUUGGCUACUGUGUGGGCCUGGGGAACGUCUGGCGCUUCCCCUAUCGAGCCUACACCAAUGGAGGAGGCGCCUUCCUUGUGCCCUACUUCCUCAUGCUGGCCAUCUGCGGCAUUCCCCUCUUCUUCCUGGAGCUCUCCCUGGGCCAGUUCUCCAGCCUGGGACCCCUGGCCGUCUGGAAAAUCAGCCCCCUCUUCAAAGGUGCUGGCGCAGCCAUGCUGCUCAUCGUAGGCCUGGUGGCCAUCUACUACAACAUGAUCAUCGCCUACGUCCUUUUCUACCUCUUCGCCUCCCUCACCAGCAUCUUGCCCUGGGAGCACUGCGGCAACUGGUGGAACACGGAGCGCUGCCUUGAGCACAGAGGCACCAAGCAUGGCAACGGCGCACUGCCCCUCAACCUCUCCAGCACUGUGAGCCCCAGCGAGGAGUACUGGAGCCGCUAUGUCCUCCACAUCCAAGGCAGCCAAGGCAUCGGCAGCCCUGGGGAAAUCCGCUGGAACCUCUGCCUCUGCCUGCUGCUGGCCUGGGUCAUCGUGUUCCUCUGCAUCCUCAAGGGUGUCAAGUCCUCGGGCAAGGUGGUGUAUUUCACGGCCACGUUCCCCUACAUCAUCCUGCUCAUGCUGCUGGUCCGUGGAGUGACCCUCCCCGGGGCCUGGAAGGGCAUCCAGUUCUAUCUGACACCCCAGUUCCACCACCUGUUGUCUUCCAAGGUAUGGAUCGAAGCUGCUCUUCAGAUCUUCUACUCCCUGGGUGUGGGCUUCGGGGGUCUUCUCACCUUUGCCUCCUACAACACAUUUCACCAGAACAUCUAUAGAGACACCUUCAUCGUCACUCUGGGCAAUGCCGUCACCAGCAUCCUGGCUGGCUUUGCCAUCUUCUCUGUGCUGGGCUACAUGUCGCAGGAGCUGGGCGUGCCUGUGGACCAAGUAGCCAAAGCAGGCCCCGGCCUGGCCUUUGUAGUCUACCCACAGGCCAUGACCAUGCUGCCCCUGUCGCCCUUCUGGUCUUUCCUCUUCUUCUUCAUGCUUCUGACGCUCGGCUUGGACAGCCAGUUUGCCUUUCUGGAGACCAUUGUGACAGCAGUUACAGACGAGUUCCCAUACUACCUGCGGCCCAAGAAGGUGGUGUUCUCAGGCCUCAUCUGCGUGUCCAUGUACCUGAUGGGGUUGAUCCUCACCACUGACGGGGGCAUGUACUGGCUGGUCCUCCUGGAUGACUACAGCGCCAGCUUCGGGCUGAUGGUGGUGGUGAUCACCACGUGCCUCGCUGUCACCCGGGUUUACGGCAUCCAGAGGUUCUGCCGAGACAUCCACAUGAUGCUGGGCUUCAAGCCGGGCCUCUACUUCAGGGGCUGCUGGCUGUUUCUGUCCCCAGCCACACUCCUGGCCUUGCUGGUGUAUAGCAUUGUCAAGUACCAGCCCUCAGAGUACGGCAGCUACCGCUUCCCUGCCUGGGCAGAGCUGCUAGGCAUCCUAAUGGGCCUGCUGUCCUGCCUCAUGAUCCCCGCUGGCAUGCUGGUGGCUGUGCUUCGAGAGGAGGGCUCGCUCUGGGAGAGGCUCCAGCAGGCCAGCCGGCCAGCCAUGGACUGGGGCCCGUCGCUGGAGGAGAACCGGACAGGCAUGUAUGUGGCCACACUAGCCGGGAGCCAGUCGCCCAAGCCGCUGAUGGUGCACAUGCGCAAGUACGGGGGCAUCACCAGCUUUGAGAACACAGCCAUCGAGGUGGACCGCGAGAUCGCAGAGGAAGAGGAGUCCAUGAUGUGAGGCCAGAGGCCGGAUGGGCAGCAGGUUCUCUACCUGGGGCCCCACAGCCCUGCCAGGGAGCCUGCCAGGUGCAGCCACACUGCUGGGAUUCUGAGAGGCCGGGAGAGCUUGCCGUGGUGAUGCUGGCUCUUACUGCAAUUCCGCCUUGUGACCUGGGCCUGUCCCAAAACCACUGUCUGCCCCACCCCCAGCACAGCCCUCUCUCUGUAGAAGGACAUAUUAAGGCCAGUGAGGGAGGGACUGGCCCAAGGUCACAUGGCGAGAGGACUUGGUCCAGGGCCUGUGGACAGUCUGCAUCCUUUCCCCACAUGGUCACUGCUGUCCGGGGCCCAGCCCUUCUCUGUGCUGGGAAGCUGUCCUCACACUCACACAGCCUGAGCUGCAGGGCAGCAAGAGGCUUGCAGAGCUCACAAGGCCCUGGAUGUUGGGGGCUCAGUGGGAAGGAAGAUCACUGUGGGUUCCUGAGUGCAGGCCCAGCUUCCCAAAAGUAGGAGCAGAGGGCCUUUGGGGAAGGCAAGUUUCUAAGAGAAAGAAGGGGCACACCUCAGGCAGAGAUGCCCCCAGGAGCCAGGGGAAGCCAAGCUGCCCCUGUGGAGCCCCUGCACAGCUGGAGAUGUCGAUGGCGGCAGGCUUUAAGGGCAUUCUGGUCCCCGUGAGGGACAGCAGGGAGGGGAGCCGGGCGGUGGGUGGGAGCGGAGCUGCAUGAUACCUGACAUCCCUUUGGGUCUCUGCAGGGUGCCCUGGGGACAGGAUGCACAUAGAGGCCUGCGGAGGCAGCUGGGGCCUGAGAGAGGGCACCGGGGUGGAGACGGGAAGACAGGAGGCUCCAAACCCUGUGCCUGGGUGUGGCAGGGAGGCCUGAGAGUCAGUCGCGGCUGUGCAGGUGGGACAGAGGGUCAGGGCCCGGGCUCGCUUUCUUCCCUCUCCUUCAUCCCAGAGGCCCUCACCGCCUCCCCCAGCUCCAGGUGCUGCUGGGGCAUCGGCCGUGGCUGAGUGACAAGAGAAACUGAGACGAAGAGACACGCGCACGUGGUCAUCUGUCUGGAUGCCAUGCGCCAAGCUCCGGGGCCCAGCGUGAGGCCCGAGGCAGACAUCAGGGGUGUGGCCCCUCCAAGGCCUGAGUGGUUUCUUGCGCAGGGCGCUCUCCAGUGGACGGGUGCCUUGGUGCAGCUGCGGCAGCCUCUGUGCCCUGUCUCCUGGCAUCUCCCCGCCAUCUGUCUUCUGUUGGUUGAUUGUUAAUAAACACCAGAUGAGCUCA